AUGACUGAAGAGACCAAGAAAAAAUCAAAAUGGUUGCCAUUGGAAUCGAAUCCUGAUGUUCUGAACGAGUAUGCUCAUAAACUCGGCUUAUCACGUUCAUGGGCUUAUACGGAUGUAUUUGGCCUCGACCAAGAGUUACUGGCAAUGGUCCCUCAACCGGUCGCCUCAGUCCUUCUUUUAUAUCCGAUAACUGCGAAUAACGAAAAGUACAGAAAACAGCAAGCUCAAAAAGAAGGACAAAUCAUCUCCUCAGAUCUUAUAUUUUAUAAGCAGACGAUAUCAAACGCAUGUGGUACUAUUGGUUUAUUACAUUCGCUUGCAAAUAGUUUAGAUGUCAGUCAAGUUAAUGGCCCAUUAAAGAGUUUAAUUGAGAAAACCAAAGACGCGUCACCAGAGGAACGAGCUAAAAUACUUGAGGAAGAUGAUGGUCUUGCUGAAGCUCAUAAAAGUGCUGGAGAGGCUGGGCAGACAAGGGCCCCGCGGCCGGAUGAAGACGUAAAACUUCAUUUCAUUUGCUUCUCUCAAAAGAACGGACGCCUAUAUGAGUUAGAUGGACGAAAUUCAGCUCCCAUAGAUCACGGACCAACGACAAAUCUACUCGAGGAUUCCGCAAAGGUAAUCAAGAAGUAUAUGGAACUCGACCCGACAGAGACACAAUUCAGUGUUAUCGCUCUUAGCGCCAGCCAAGAUUGA